CCUUCCCCCCACCAUCAUUACUUGCCAUGCUCCCCUGCUACUCCCUCCCUUAUGAAGCAAGCAAGCAGUGCUCCUGGCGACUGCGGCUGCAUACUCUCCCUGCUCUUGGAAGCUCACCGGACGUGAAAUAAACUCCCUCAUCCUACUACCUCCGCGCUCACUCACCGGAUCCGUGCCGAGGUCCGACGACCAAACAAGGAAGAACAAGAUGGAUGCUCUAAUGUCCCGUCUUGACUCACUAGUCACAAACCCCGAUCUUGCGCCGCUCUUAGCUCUCGUCAAAGGUGUGCGCAAUGGCGCCGUCUACGGUGCCAAAGUGCGGUUUCCGCAUGCUUUAGUAAUGAUCUUCCUCUUCCGUUCCGGAACAAUUCGAGAAAAGGUCAAGCUCGUUCUUAAAGCUACCCGUCAACACGCUCGCAACCUAGCCACCUUCGCACUCAUUUGGAAGGGCGUCAUGCUCGCACUUCGCAACAUAAACCCCACCACGGGCGGAAAGGAAGGCAGAUACGAUAGUUUCAUGGCUGGGUUGGUAGGAGGGUACGUGGUCUUUGGAAGACACAAGACGAGCAUUACGCAACAGAUCGUCAUCUACGUCUUCGCGCGCGUUAUGCUCGCAAUGGCCAAACUGGCCGUCCGGCCCAACAUGCAUCCGCUGUCGUCGUCGAUUACUCCGGAUGCGAGAUCCAGGAUGGAGAGUAAUGCGUGGCCAGUAUUCGCAAGUUUGACGUGGGCCUUUGUCAUGUAUAUUUUCCGGUGGCACCCAGAUACCCUGAUGUCGAGUUUGAGGAGCAGUAUGGUGUAUAUCUACGCCGACUCCGAUCACUGGGAUUCGUUCCGCAAUUUCUUGAUACACAACAAAUAGAGGUGGUGGGGAGUGUAUCCGUGCUAAGCACUUGGGUUUCCAUUUUUGGUUUGUUAUACGUUCAUUGGGUUGUCACGUUCACGGGGCGUAUAGAUUGGUGUCAGGGCUGGCAUUGUUUUAUCUUCCCGUUCAUGUCUUUGCUUAGGGGUAUUCUUAUUCAGAAACUCGAGCCCUCCCGCUGGCGGAU